GAACUUGCUGACUGCGCGGCCGGGAGGAGCCGAGCCGGGCGGCGGCAGCGGGAGGCCACAGUGCGCGGGGGUCUCCCGCGUCCCCUACGCCUCGCCGGGAGCUCGCGCCCUCGCCCAGCCGAGCUCCCACCGCCCCCCCUUUUUUCCGAAGGCGCUGGGCGGCGCCACCCUCCGGCCGGAGCCCGGCACUGCACAACCCCCUCCGACUUUCAAUGUUCCACACUCCCCGGCCAGAGCCUCCUCGGCUUCUUUUUUUCCCUCCCCCCCCUUUCCCCCCCCCAGCUGCCUCCAUUUCCUUAAGGAAGGGUUUUUUUCUCUCUCCCUCCCCCACAUCGUAGCGGCGCGCGAGCGGGCCGGGCGGGCGGCCGAGUUUUCCAAGAAAUAACUUCACCAAGAUGUCCAGUGAUCGGCAAAGGUCCGAUGAUGAGAGCCCCAGCACCAGCAGUGGUAGUUCAGAUGCGGACCAGCGAGACCCAGCCGCUCCAGAGCCUGAAGAACAAGAAGAAAGAAAACCUUCUGCCACCCAGCAGAAGAAAAACACCAAACUCUCUAGCAAAACCACUGCUAAGUUAUCCACUAGUGCUAAAAGAAUUCAGAAGGAGCUAGCUGAAAUAACCCUUGAUCCUCCUCCUAACUGCAGUGCUGGGCCUAAAGGAGAUAACAUUUAUGAAUGGAGAUCGACUAUACUUGGUCCACCAGGUUCUGUAUAUGAAGGUGGUGUGUUUUUUCUGGAUAUCACAUUUUCAUCUGAUUAUCCAUUUAAGCCACCAAAGGUUACUUUCCGCACCAGAAUCUAUCACUGCAACAUCAAUAGUCAGGGAGUCAUCUGCCUGGACAUCCUUAAAGACAACUGGAGUCCUGCUUUGACUAUUUCAAAGGUUUUGCUGUCAAUUUGUUCUCUUUUGACAGACUGCAACCCUGAUUGGAGUUUACUCUUAAUUGCCAAGAAGGACAUAACUUCCAGAAUUCAUCCUCUUCAAACUUUCCUGUUCACUGGAAUAACGAAGCCAUUAAACAGUGGUGUCAAGAAGCCUCAUCCAGUGGUUGAAGCUCGGUAGAAAACAAGGAAGCAGGCAGGUGUGGAUCCAGUAGACCAGCUGCACUCAGACCUGCCCACUUUCACUAAAGGGGGUGGGGAAGUGGGGAGGCAGAAUUUAAAUUAAAUCGGUACUGAAGCAGAUCUGAUGUGACUGUGACAAUCUUCCAGUGAAUAUUUGUUUAUCUUAAUUUAAAUAGUCACGUGUUAAAAAUAUGAGUGUCAGAUUUACUUCCUCCCAAGGCCACUCAGCUAUGCUUCUCGUAGUCUUUGGAAGGGAUGAAGAGGAAACACAGAGCCACACUUUAACGAUGGUGCUAGACGUUUGUGAAAGCUAAGUGUAAUCGUAGAAACAUUUUAUUUUAUAUUUUUAUUCCAGAGUAAAUGCAGUGUACUACGGGAGCAGGUUUAGAUAAAUGUUUCGUGAUAUGCCAGAAAGGUUACACAUAUAUUUGCUUAAAGAAACUCUCCCUCUGGAUUUAAUAAAAUUCUAGCCACAAAGAGGUACAAAAUUUAACUCACGGGAUGUAAUGAAAAACUUAGAAAACUUAUUUCCCACACAUUCUCCUUCCCUUCCCUCCCUUCCCCUGCCUUGUCUUCUCCCCCAUCGCCCCCCCCUCCAGCUUUGCUCGCCAUGGUUGUAGGAAAAGCAGAGCAGCUGAGCACAUAGUUACGUUGUUCCUUUAAACUCUGAAUCAGAGGGAGGUUUUCUGGCAUCUCCCAAAGCUACAGUGCUGAGGAGCUUGUUGCUACCCACCGCACAUCAUCCCACAACUUCUGAUUAAAUGUCUUGAGAAUUGGCCGGUAUUUUUAAUUGAACACGGGAAAACGUAAAUAUACAGGAAGUGUACCUUUGUUUUUUAAUUCAUUUGUAUAUUUUCUUGAUGCUUCGCAUAAAGACCAAAAGGUGCUUUUGCUUCUCUUUGCCCCCACCAGAACUGUGGAGUUAUUGUGGGAUGUAUGGUAUUCCAUAGCACACCAUAGAUCUCCACUAGAUGUCAGUGUGUCACCAAAUGAAACCAGUUCAGCGCGCUCUCCAGACCUGUUCUUGAAACAUUGAAAAUGGGAACUCAUCUGCUACUUUUUAACCAGAAUGAUACAGAGAACUUUUAGUAUACAGGUUAAUAAUAAGUUAUAUUUGUCAAUCAAUCCUAAUAAAAAUGAAAUCUUUAAAACAUGUUGUACCUUUCAUCUGAGGAUUUUAAAAUGCUUUACUUAUAUUCUAGUUUUUGCAAUGAUAUCCCCAAAGAGAUAGAAUGCAAGUAUUCAUUUUACAUUUUACAGUAAAGUACCUGAAGUGCAAGGGGACAAAAUGAUUGGCUCAAGAUCACACAGACGACAUCUGCUAAACCCAGGCUGGUAUUUCUGCCAUCACAGAACCUACUCUACCUAAAUAGUGCUGCUUGCCCCUUUGGCAUGGAAAGUGUACUUGGGUGCAGAUGCCCUUUAUUUCUCAUGUGUAUUAACCACUUUGCCUAAAAAACAAGGUCAAGAACAGUGGAAUGAUAAUUAAGAAUGAUUGAAGAUUAUUGAUUCAAUUAGUAUGGAGAUAAUUAAGAUGUAAUUUUAAGGUUUUAUAAAGAUUGCACAAAGAAAAUGUGCUAAACGAUGUAGAUAACUUUAAAAAUUUGUAGCAGUGUUUUACCUAUGCUAUUUUACAGAUGGUGAACUCAGACCAAUGUUAGCCUUGUCAUAGUUCAUAUGCUCCAGUGCAGAAGGAAAGAAAUGCAGUUGUAGUUUGGUCUGGAAGGUUGAAGCUCUUGGGUAUUUUGGGAUUGAUGGACAUAUUGCAUUUUGUAGGUUUUACACUGUAUAAUUUUCUUAAAGAGGAGUAUACAUACAGUCCUGUAUAUGAGAAUUUAAAUAGUGAUUUUAUCAAAAUUAUGUAAAUACACAAGUUACAACUAUGUAGAAAUCAUGUUUGUGGAUAGAGAUUAAAAGAUGACACAUUAGGGUGAUGAGAUUAUGGGUGAAUUUAAUCUUCCCCUCUCUAUGUGGUAACAUUGUUUUUAUAAUAUAAAGGGGAAAAUGGUUUUUAUUGUCUUGUAAAAAUUUGCCACAAUCUCCACUUCAGAAAGGCUUGUUUCCUGUCAAUGAGGUACCUUGUAAACAACUGAAAUUCAAAAGAUUUGGUUUGGUUUAUUUACUUCAGUUGUUCUAGUUUACUCACAGAAACCAAGGUUAAACUGGCAGAAGUACAUAUUUUCAAACCCUACUGGGAAUUUUGAGCGAAAAUAAAUGAUUGCCCCAAUCCCAGCAGGCUGUUUGCUGGCAAUGUUCAGUGCAUUGUCGAUGUUCAUACUGAUGAAGAAAUGUUUAAUAAAUGUAGCUGUCUUCAAUUUGUGUUUUCCUUUGAAACGGUGCAGGGUUAAAAGAGUCGCCAGUAAAGUUCAAGAGAUUUUCAAAAUUAAAAAUUAGAAUAGCUGUUGAUUUUGCAUGCUUGGACCUAUGUUUUGGUUGAGAACUUGUAUUUCUCAAAUCAUGCAUGGAUCAAAUUGAGGUAUAAAAUAACAUUUCACAUAUGUGAAAGAAAACUUGUACUUUUAUGAUAUGUCUCAUUUCAGUAAUAACAGUGUAGCCACCCUUGAAUUGUGUAUAAAAGCUUCAUGGGCAAUAAUAAAACUUAUACAACCGAUC